AGAUUUCAUUUUGGCGAAAUCACUCAAGCAUGAAAUCCCGAAAUCUUUAUCGUACAUCUCGAUUUUGGGACACAUAAAUAACUAGAACUGGAGGCAAUGGUGUGACGUCACACUUGACCCGAUCGUAGUACGUGACCGACGCUAUGUCAUGCCAUAUGCGCGUGCAUAGCGCAUACGACGAGGACGCACUAUAGACUAGUGUAAUGUGUGAUGCAUGCACAGUGUGCAGAAUAUCGUUGACUGAAAACCCCGAGUACGACCCCAAAAAAUCUUCACAGCACCCAAACUCUGCACUUUGCAGAGCCUUUGUAACCCUUUCCCAAGAUGGGUGCCGACCCACGCCUAGACGUGGCCAACUUCAAGAAGUUUUUGGAGGAGUUUAGCUCGACUCACGCGGGCACGGACAACUUGCCGUUUUCUAGCCUAACGUGCCACAUGACGAGAGAAGAGAUCGAGGGCGAAUGUUUAGAAUGGGUCACCAACUGCCUCGUCGGCCAAAACAAAGCUCCGUACGUGUUGGCAGCCGCCAUCGCCCGGACAACCGUGGACAUCGUCUUGGGGAAAGACAUGACGACGUUUGUGGUGGAUGAUGAAGGAAGAUACGGGGAUGAUGAUGAUGUUACCUGCACAUUAUACGAUGCCGGUCAGAUAUUCCCGUUGGUGUGGACCACCGUCAACGAUCUAUGCCAGCGUUGGAAGACGGACCUACCGGAGCUGCGAUUGCCUCCGCGUCUUCAUCAAGUAUCCCAGCAUGCCGUCAAGAACACCCGCAAGAGGAUGGAGGAUAAACACGUCAUCGUCCCUGAUCUCAACACGCUCUUUAAUCUCGGGAAUGACAAGGAGCGUGCCUUCUACGCAGUCUACGACGGCCACGGUGGCACGGACGCGGCCAUGUAUGCCUGCCAGCAUAUCCACGGCAACGCCAUCCGGCAAGAUUGCUUCCUUGACGACCCGUCCAAAGCGCUGGCCAAAUCGUUCCAAAUCACAGACGAGGGAUUCCUGAAGAAAGCACGCCGGGAGGGUUUAGGGAGUGGUUCAACAGGUGUGGCAGUCAUCAUAGAAUCUGACAAACUCCAUAUAUCCUGGCUGGGAGACUCGCAGGUGUAUCUGAUGAGAGAUGGUCAACCGAUCACCCUCAUGGACCCUCACAAACCUGAAAGACCGGACGAGAAGACUCGUAUUGAGCAGCUAGGCGGCUGUGUUCUGUUCUUCGGUGUGUGGAGGGUCAACGGCACACUGGCCGUGUCAAGAGCCAUAGGUGAUCCAGACCAGAAGCCUUACGUAAGCAGCGACGCUGACAUGAAAACUUUACCCCUAACGGGCAACGAGGACUGCAUCAUUAUCGCCUGCGACGGACUCUGGGACGUUGUCGAACCCAAGACGGUCUGCCGCAUCAUCCAACAGAGCAUUAACGGCGACAGCAGCAUGGACUCGGUGGCCCACCGGCUGGUGGUAGAGGCGAAGAGCAGCGGCUCCAACGACAACAUCACCGUGCUGGUGGUCUUCCUGAACCCAACCCAACGGGAGAUCAAGGAAGAAGAGGAGAUCGACGGAGCAGUUGACGAGGAACAAAAUCAAGAGAAGGAUACGGAGGGAGGGACUGAAGAUGAGAAAGACGGCGGUGACCCUCAGGACAGUAUGGACAGUGAUCAACAAUCGGGGAGUAAUUCCCAGUCAGGCGAUACCACAACAGACGUUGCAGGCCCUAGCGAGUCAGUAGACUCUGAAGCGAAUUCCAACAACAACAAUCAACGGACCAGGCUGGGCAGCAAUCUGGCUGCCCGUCGCCGGGCGGCGUCUAACCCCAGCAACCUGGCAGUCGGGAGUGGCCUCACGCCCAGCCCAAAAGAGAGGAAAGGAUUGCAGGCCCGUCGGCGAUCGGGCUCAGAUGACUCCGCCUACCAAUCUGGCUCCUCCCCUCUGGGUUCGGCAGACUGCGUCACCCCCGAAACCAAGAACGAUACGACUAAGAAGCCGGUCUCUGUCGGCAGGCAUCGGUCCUUUCCCGCAUCCACGAAGCGACUCGGUAAGAACACCUGCCGAGUCCGCAAGACUAAAUCGGUAAAGGCUGCCAACAAGACCAACGCUGUAAUCGGCGAUCUAGUCGCGCCCACCUCGGGUUUAGAAAUCUCGUCACAGCAGAGGGAGGACGAAGCCAAACGGACUGUGCCCACCGCUUCCCACAAGUCCAUGCCCAUCACUAUCAAACCCAAAACAGUGCAGCGCAGCAAGCCCACGCCGCGGCAGGCAGAAAUGGCAGGAAUGUUGAAAAACAAACCCAAGUUCACCAGCAAAAGUCGGUUCCCGAACCUAGAUCCCCAGACUUAGGUGAUCCCUUUGUGUUUAUGUAUAAAAACAGGCUCUAUAGUGUCUUGUGGCUUGCCUUCAUUCGGAAGCUGUCAUUGUGAGGUUUUUGUUGGUGGUGAGGUUCCAAGUCUCUGAGGUGCUGGUGAGGUUCAAUGUCUGGAUCUGUUUGUCUGUGUACAAAAUGCAUAUAUCUGAAUCUUGAGGUUUGGUUUUUGGCAGUGGAGGUGCUUCACCAUGAGGUGCCUUCUUAGAGAAAGGUUGUUUUUCAAUCGGGUAGUAUCUUCUGGGAAGAGGGCACAGUUGAGGUUGCUAGAAAUGAGAUGCCUUGUGUUAAAGAGGAUAAACCAUAACCCUUACGAUCCUACGACAUCAACUGGGUGUUUUGGUAGAUAGUGCAAGUUUCAGGAAGGUAGAAUCCAGUCGCCGUUACAGUACAUGGGACUUAACCAUUUGACCCUAACCCAGCCAGACGCAACACAGUGCAUCAGGUGGAAAAGUCUGGUGCACUUUGAUGCAUUCAGCUACCAACACCAGUGCAUAAACGGCCACUUCGGAGACAAUGAGAGCUAGUCCCAUUGAA